UUGCUGCGUAGUUGAAUGUCCGCAAUGUUGCUUGCUAUAUGCUAGUUUAUCCGAAGUCGGUGCCGUCUAAGUACUGUCUAAUUUCAUCAGGGUGUUAGUAAUCUUAAAUCCUUAGUGCAGAAUCAUCCAGUAGACAAAAUGCUGAGAGUCUGCGAUACACUUCGCGUAGUGGACGUCAAGAGUAAGAGACUCGGACUAGCGGGUACGGAGACAGACUACCUCCGUGCCUUGCAGGACGCCAUGGCGAACAUGGACAGGUGUGUGGAAGUGGAGGUGCUCAAAAGUCUGGGUGACGUAAACUUGGAAAGGGGACAACUUGACAAGAGCCCAGAAAAUUUUGACAGAGCCAUGGUGUUGUACAGGACCGCACUGAUCCGGUGUAACGACGCAGAUGUGGGAGAAAGUUUUAAACAUCGCUAUCACUAUGCAAAGAAAAUAAGGUUAGGGAAGCUAUCAACCGCUUCAAGUAGUUAUGAGCCCCUUACUAACAUCUGGAAAAGUUAUUCGCUGGCUAAUGUAGCAGAAAUGUUUCUAGAUCUAGACAGAAGAUUCACUGCUUGUUUUGUUAGUGGCAAAAGCCUGUCUUUGCUUAUCGAAUAUACCAGAUUGAUGGUAGAAGGGAUCGUAAACGGUGACAAUAUGUUAGAAGUGGAAGCGAUCAAGAGUCUCGGCGACGUGUACCUGAAAAGAGGAACAGAAACUAGAGACACGACAUGUUUGACCAAGGCCACUGCUCUGUACAACACUGCACUGACACGGUGUGAGCGGUUCCAGGAUACAGUGGCACUCAUUCACCGCCUACUGUACACGGCAAGGAUCAGACAAAGGAGAUCUAGACCGACAGGAAAGAAGAUUCCAAAGCAGCACAGAGUACAACAACAACAGCAGUGUCACGUGUCACGGGACUUUCUGAUGACGUCACCCAACACUGAUAUCGGAGAGGCCAGGGAUCAGAAGUCUAUGUCUUACGAGGAGCACCUGACUAUAGGGGACCGCGCACUGACUGAUGGGAAGCUGGACGUGGCAGAACAGAACUUUGCGUCUGCUCUAAGACUCAUUCAUAAUCCGAGCAAACCCGAUCGAGGUAAGGAGGCCGAAUGCCUGUCCAGACUUGGUGACGUUUACGUCCGGCGAGGUGAAACAACAAAAGAAGGUAGGAAAUUCACACAAGCAGCAGCUCUGUACAACGCAGCUAUGGCAAGAACAAACAAGAACAAAAGUAAUUUGACAGGAAGACUUCAGAAUGUAGAACAAUCGUUCCUCCACGACACAACAAAUGUAGAAACAAAAUAUGUUCCUCCUGAUUUGGCUAUAGGUCAUAAGAAGCGAUUACAAGAGAUGCGUACGUGCGCUAAGUCACAACUGGAAGCCAUUGAUCAACAACACAACCCGUACCAAUACGACGAGGAUGACCCAGUCAUGAUAACAGUCGAGGCUGAGAGAGCUGAAGCAGUCAAGGCUCUAUUCAAGAACAUUGCCAAAGAUAGACAGAAUUUCAUCCAAGACCUGUUAAAUGAAUGUAUUGACAAACUGGGUCCUUCUCCGUGUGAGUACGCUUCCAUCGGGUUAGGCUCACAGGCAACAGAACUGGUCACACCCUACUCUGACCUGGAGUUCGCCAUUCUGAUUGAGGAGGGGAAGGACAAUGAUAACACACGACAGCACUUCAUCAACCUGACACACUACCUACACCUGAAAGUCAUCAACCUCGGAGAGACCAUCCUACCGGCCAUGGCCAUCCCGUCACUCAACGAUUUUCCAUCCGAGGAUCCAGAGAAAGACUGGUUCUUUGACUCUGUCACGCCGCGUGGGUUUGCUUUUGACGGCUUCAUGCCAUGGGCCAGCAAGACCCCGUUUGGAAGAGAUCAGACCAAGAAGAAAGAUCCCGUAAGCCUUAUCCAAACCCCUGCUGAAAUGGCAAAGUUUCAGCUGCUAGACGUUUCCGUGGCAGAAGGGUACCACUUGUCAGACAUCCUCAGGCGGGUUGUUUUCUUAACAGGUGAAGAGGCCCUCGUGACGACUUAUAUGGGAAAACUUAACGCCUUCGUCACAAAUGAUCGAGUUUCGCAGCCCAUGCCUCGUCUGUCUGCUAGUCAAAUCUUGUCGGAGAACAAGGAACAACUUUCUUCCUAUUGGCCUACUGGAGAACUUCUGAAUGUUAAAAGAGACAUUUAUCGUUUUCCCGGCAUUGCCAUCGAAGUACUAGCUCUGUGCUGCCAGAUCACUCUUGCCAGCGCGUGGACUAUUAUAGAGGAAUUGAAAGAAAUGGAAAAAAUCAAUGAAGAGAAUGCGACCCACCUCGUGGUGUUGACCAGUAUCUCGGCUGAACUCCGGUUGAGAACAUACUUGAAUAAAGGGGAACAACAAGACAGUAUGUCUCCUCUUGCACAAAUGAAAUACGAUUCAAACGCACAAGAGAUAUCUGGCACUACAUUGAGUUCAAUAUUCCACGUUCCAGACAUUCAAGUUCUUUUUAGAUAUUACUACAGGGCUAUCCCUUUGAAGAAAUGUAUAGCAGAUAGCUUGCAGGUCCAACAGAAAAGUGUAUUGAAAAUGACAUUAUUUGAUAUUUCUCAUGAAUGUAGAGGUCGAAUAUCAAAAGAACUAUUUUUGUAUGAUAGAACCAAAAGCCAUCUGGAAGCAGCAUUAAUAGAUUCUGGUAGUGAUGUAAACAAACGUGCUGAAAUACUUCAGGAAUUGGGAUCCGUAUUGGACUUCUAUGACGAUAUCACAAAGGGAAUUAGUCUAAAUGAGGAGGCACUAAGGUUACGCAGAAGUAUCCAUGGAGACAAUGCGGCACAUCCGGGCAUUGCUGGGUCACUAAACAACCUGGGAUUAUCUUGCAUAGAUCUCGGUGACCACAAGAAAGCAAUCAACUACUUCGAACAGUCACUAUCGAUGCUGAAAACUGUCUAUGGAGUAAACACGGCACAUCCGAACAUUGCAACAUCACUUAACAACCUGGGGAUGUGUUGGACACGUCUCGGCGAUCACAAGAAAGCAAUCCACUACCACGAACUGUCACUCUCGAUGAGGAAAUCUAUCUACGGAGAAAACACAGCACAUCGGGAUAUUGCCACGUCACUAAACAACCUGGGGGCGUCUCGGGCGAGUCUCGGUGAUUAUAAGAAAGCAAUCAGCUACCACGAACAGUCAUUGACGAUGAAGAAAAUUAUUUUUGGAGAAAACACGGCACAUCCGGACAUUGCCGCGUCACUAAAUAACCUGGGAAUAUCUCGGAGAGAUUUUGGCGAUCACAAGAAAGCAAUCAGAUACUACGAACAGUCACUGUCGAUGAGGGAAACUAUCUACGGAGAAAACACCGCAUAUCCGGAGAGUGCCGGGUUAUUUAACAACCUGGGGGUGUCUUGGAAUGAUCUCGGUGACCAUGAGAAAGCUAUUAGCUACUUUGAACAGUCACUAUCGAUGAGGAAAACUAUCUAUGGAGAAAACACGGCACAUCCGGAGAUUGCCUUAUCACUAAAUAACCUGGGGGCGUCUUGGGGUUAUCUCGGCGACCAUAGGAAACAAAACAGCUACUACGAACAGUCACUAUCAAUGGUGAAAACUAUUUAUGGAAAAGACACGGCACAUCCGGACAUUGCCUUAUUACUAUACAACUUGGGAUCACUUUGGAGUGAUCUCGGGGAUCACAAGAAGGCAAGCAGCUACUACGAGCAGUCGCUGUCGAUGAAGAAAACUAUCUAUGGAAAGAACACGGCACAUCCUGACAUUGCCGCGACACUAAACAACCUAGGGGUAUCUUUGAAUGAUCUCGGCGAUUACAAGAAAGCAAUCCACUACUUCGAACAGUCACUAUCGAUGAGGAAAACUAUCUAUGGAGAGAACACGGCACAUCCGUACAUUGCUAGGUCACUAAACAACCUGGGAUGGUCUUGGAGUAAACUCGACGAUCACAACAAAUCAUUCCGCUACUGUGAACAGUCACUGUCGAUGAUGAAAACUAUCUAUGGAGAAAACACGGCUCAUCUGGACAUUGCCAAGUCACUAAAAAUCCUGGGGGCGUCUUGGUCGAAUCUCGGGAAUCACAAGAAAGCAAUCCGCUACUACGAACAGUUACUAUCGAUGAUGAAAACUAUCUAUGGAGAAAACACGGCUCAACUGGACAUUGCCAAGUCACUAAACAACCUUGGGGCGUCUUGGUCGAAUCUCGGAGAUCACAAGAAAGCAUUCCGCUACUAUGAACAGUCACUGUCGAUGAUGAAAACUAUCUAUGGGGAAAACACGGCUCAUCUGGACAUUGCCAAGUCACUAAAAAACCUGGGGGCGUCUUGGUCGAAUCUCGGGAAUCACAAGAAAGCAAUCCGCUACUACGAACAGUUACUAUCGAUGAUGAAAACUAUCUAUGGAGAAAACACGGCACACCUGAACAUUGCCUUAUCACUAAACAGUCUUGGAUCGUCUUGGGGCAAGCUCGGUGAUUUUGAAGAAGCAAUCAGGUACUUUGAACUGUCACUAUCGAUGAACAAAACUGUCUAUGGAGAAACAAAGGCACAUCCUGACAUUGCCUUGUCACUGCUUAACUUGGGCUUGUCUUGGGGCAAUCUUAGUAAUCACAAAAAAGCAAUCAUCUACUUUGAACAGUCCCUAACGAUGUAUAGAAUUAUCUAUGGCAAUAAUUCGAAAAAUCUUCGUAUCUCCGAAACACUUAAGAGCCUGCAUUUGGCAUGGGCUAACCUUGGUAAUGUUAAGAAAGCGCUGGAGUACAAGCAACAAUUACAAGAAUGCUGACAGCUUUUCAUGGUUACAGGCCUUCAAGGUUCUAAUUGUUACCCAUAAAUGUAUUGGAGGGGGGGGGGGCGAACGCAUUAUAGUUUUUUAAAGAUUAUCAUGACAGAAUAUCGCCUACUUUCUAAUCAGGCAGUACAAUCAUUUUUUAGACGCUAGUUCUACGAAUAUUUCAUUAAAUAUUUAUACCUACCAGAAGUGUACGGUAUAAAAAACUGCAGGUAAACUUUGUCUACCUGUAAUUAUUGUGUGUGCAUUUUAAGUUAGG